AGUCCGCCUGUCUCACCGCUGAAACAUCAAUCGGUCCACGACAGUUAGCAUAUAAUACGACAUGGUCAUACUCGUGACGUUAAGUUACCGCGGUUACGAUUUACAGACGUCCAACGGUUGUCGUCCGGUGGCUGAAGUCUUGAUGGCUACAUUCAUGCUGGUGCUGGGGCUAUUGUCGCUACUCGAGCCGACGGUUGAUUGUCGUCGAACCGUCAAGCACAGGCACCAUUGGAAGGCAAACUUGAUCAAAAACUAUUUGAAAACUCAUAAAAGUCUCGAGGGAAUGGUGAGGCUAGUCGACGGCGAAUCCGAGUACGAAGGUAACGUGGAGAUAAUGCACCUAGGAAAAUGGGGUGCCAUUUGCGAUGAUGAAUGGGACGCGCGAGAAGGCCAAGUCGUGUGCAGACAACUUGGUUACAACGGCACGUCAAGGGUUACGCACAAUUCGCACUUCGGUCAAACGGCCAGAAAGUAUUGGAUAGACAAUACUCAGUGUGAUGGUCAAGAGACAGAAAUUUCUAAAUGUCGAUUUGAUAGUUGGGGCGAAAAUGAUUGUGAUCCUUCUGAAGCAGCUGGCGUAGUAUGCGGUUCGCCGGAACCUGAAAAACCUAAAUACUCUGUGCCUGCAGUGACGGUUUCGGCGAAAAAAGUCAUCCAAAAGUAUAAGAUCAAAGACACUUCAGGAUCGGACAUUGAAUUGCGAUUGGCUGGAGGCAGGACAUCGGAAGAAGGCAGAGUGGAAGCAAAAACUAAUGACGGUUGGGGCGUGAUAUGUGGCGACGGGUUCGGAGUGCUGGAAGCGUUGAUCGUGUGUCGUUCUAUAGGACUUGGGUAUGCAGCAGCCGCCUUCCAGACAGACCAGUUCGGUGGGCUGGAUCUUCCAGUCGUGUUGUCGGCAGUCGAAUGUGCCGGAAAUGAGUCGUCGCUUGCUGGCUGCUAUCACCAGCAUAAGGCCACGUGCUCAACCAAGAAAGAGACGGUAGCCGCAGUCGCGUGUGUACGAGAUAUGGCGGAUUUGGCGGUGAAUGUCGAAGAACUGAUCAGAUCAGCGUACCUGGAGGACAGGCAGAUGUAUUUCUUGCAGUGUGCCAUGGAGGAGAAUUGCCUGGCAUCGUCCGCGUACCAGAUCCGCCGGGACGAGAUCGAUUGGCACCUGAUUACCCGACGGCUGUUGCGGUUCACAGCAAAAAUCACAAACGUCGGCACCGCUCCGUUCCGGCCGGUCGUGCCCAAACAUCUGUGGCAGUUUCAUCAGUGUCACAUGCAUUAUCAUAGCAUGGAAGUGUUUGCUACUUUUGACGUGCUAGACGAGAAUGGGAUGAAGGUUGCCGAGGGACACAAGGCGUCGUUUUGUCUGGAAGACAAUCAGUGCACAGACGGAGCUAGGCCGUCAUUUGCGUGCGCUGAUUUCGGUGACCAGGGUAUAUCAGUCAACUGUUCGGACAUUUACCGACACAACAUCGACUGUCAGUGGGUGGACGUGACUGACUUGAAUCCAGGGCUGUACACACUCAAGGUGUCUGUCAACCCAGAACACAAAAUCCCAGAAAUGACGUACGCCAACAACGCCGCGGUGUGCUCCAUGUUCUAUUCCGAGACGUUCGUGAAGAUACAUAAUUGCGUCCUACAAAAUCCGUAACGGACAGAAGUUUCAUAAACAUUACCGUUCACAUCAGCUAAGCGUUUAUAUUAUAAAUCCUUAUCGAUGUUCAUUCGAGUAAAAAAUAUAUUUACAUAAUAUUAUUAACGAAUAUUACGGUACACCGUAUCACGCAAAUAAUGCCCAAUAUAUAAUUCAAUAACUGUUAAUGGCUCCGUCACAGUCAAUAAUUUUUUAAUUUCGAAUUAUCCAUAAUCGCUUAUAAGUUUGCACAUCUAGUCGUUUGUAUAGUAUAUGUGCGCUAAUUUUACAUAAUUUAUAUAUUAUCACGAUUUGAUGUUUUUUAACAAACUUUAUCUGUUAACGAAAACAAAUGAUUGCAUAUAGCAUAAAUAGUCCAAUUAAUUUUUUUUUAGUUGAUUUUUGAUAUUAUCUCAACUAUGAGAUUAUUACAA